AUGUUUGUAAUUCCAACUGACAUCCAUGGCCAGAUGCUUAAGCCAAACAUCUAUAACAUCAUUGAAACAAAGCCGAAAAAGCCAAAUCGCAUUGCAAAACUUACAAUCCCUCCAAAUGUUCAAUUCCCAAUCCACAAAAAACCAUCAAAUCAGAAUUAUGUGGUUAGACCACUCCACCACCCACCAUGCAUUGAGAAAAUUUUACAAAAAAUGAAGAAUCAGAUCAAUGAAGAUUCGGAUUCUGAAGCAAAUUAA